GCCUAGCAGAGGGAGACCGGCUCGCCGCGGCGGAGAGAAGGGGCGGCGGGCGCGGGUGGCCGGCCAUGAUCGCGUCGUGUCUGUGUUACCUGCUGCUGCCGGCCGCGCGCCUUUUCCGCGCCCUCUCAGAUGCUUUCUUCACAUGUCGAAAAAAUGCCCUCCUGGCGAAGAGCUCAUCCUCCCAGGUAGAAGGGGACUUUGCCAUGGCCCCUCGGGGCCCCGACCAGGAGGAGUGUGAGGGCCUGCUGCAGCAGUGGCGGGAAGAAGGGUCGAGCCAGCUGUUCUCAACUGUGAGCGACGGUCCCAUUGUAGAUAAGGGGCUCGCUGAGAGCAGCCUGGCCCUCCUGAUGGAUAAUCCCGGAGAACAGGAUGCUGCUCUGGAGGACAAGUGGUCCAGCAGGCAGCUGAGUGACCUGUGGGAAGCAGAGAACCUGGAGGAGCCUUUCCCCGAGGUGCUAGGAGAGGAGGCACCACUGUCGGAGGUCCAGGGCCCAAUGUGGGCAGCGGUGCCCGUGCAGACUGGCCCUCAGUACACAGACUGUGCUGUCCUCCCCAUGGGUGCGCUGGCCACAGAGCAGUGGGAUGAGGACCCCGCGGUGGUGGCCUGGAGCAUCGCACCGGAGCCUGUGUCCCAGGAAGAGGCCCCUGUCUGGCCCUUUGCAGGUCUGGGGCAGCUGCAGCCUCCCCCAGUGGAAAUCCCGUAUCACGAAAUCUUGUGGCGAGAAUGGGAGGAUUUCUCCACUCAGCCAGAUGCUCAGGGCCUGGAGGCGGGGGAUGGCCCUCAAUUCCAGUUCACUCUGAUGUCCUAUAAUAUCCUGGCCCAGGACCUGAUGCAGCAGAGCUCCGAGCUCUAUCUGCACUGCCACCCCGACAUCCUCAACUGGAGCUAUCGUUUUGCGAAUCUCAUGCAGGAAUUCCAGCACUGGGACCCGGACAUCUUGUGUCUCCAGGAGGUCCAGGAAGAUCAUUACUGGGAGCAGCUGGAGCCCUCUCUGAGGAUGAUGGGCUUUACCUGUUUCUACAAGAGGAGGACCGGGUGUAAGACCGAUGGCUGUGCUGUCUGCUACAAGCCCACGAGAUUCCGUCUGCUCUGUGCCAGCCCCGUGGAGUACUUUCGGCCUGGCUUGGAGCUCCUCAAUCGGGACAACGUGGGCUUAGUAUUGCUGCUCCAGCCACUGGUCCCGGAAGGCCUGGGGCAAGUCUCGGUGGCCCCCUUAUGUGUGGCAAAUACCCACGUCCUGUACAACCCACGGCGGGGCGACGUCAAGCUGGCCCAGAUGGCCAUUCUCCUGGCCGAAGUGGACAAGGUGGCCCGGCUGUCGGACGGCAGCCACUGCCCCGUCGUCCUGUGUGGGGACCUGAACUCUGUGCCCGACUCGCCUCUCUACAACUUCAUCAGGGACGGCGAGCUCCAGUACCACGGGAUGCCAGCCUGGAAGGUAUCUGGACAGGAAGACUUCUCCCAUCAGCUUUAUCAGAGGAAGCUGCAGGCCCCGCUGUGGCCCAGCUCCCUGGGUAUCACGGACUGCUGUCAGUACGUCACCUCCUGUCAUCCCACAAGCUCAGAGAGACGUCAGUAUAGCCGAGACUUCCUGCUACGCUUCCGCUUCUGCAGCAUCGCCUGCCAGAGACCUGUAGGGCUGGUUCUUAUGGAAGGAGUGACAGAUACUAAGCCAGAGCGACCUGCUGGCUGGGCUGAGUCUGUCAUUGAGGAAGAUACAUCUGAGUCUGAGCCGGACGUCCCCAGGACUGUGGGCACCAUCCAGCACUGCCUACACCUGACCUCGGUGUAUACUCAUUUCCUGCCCCAGCAUGGCCGCCCAGAGGUCACCACAAUGCCCCUGGGGCUGGGAACAACAGUAGACUACAUCUUCUUCUCAGCCGAGUCCUGCGAGAAUGGGAACAGAACUGAUCGCAGGCUGUAUCGGGACGGAACUCUCAAGCUCCUGGGCCGGCUCUCGCUCCUCUCUGAAGAGAUCCUCUGGGCUGCCAACGGCUUACCCAACCCCUUCUGCUCUUCAGACCACCUCUGCCUACUGGCCAGCUUCGGGAUGGAAGUCGCCGCCCCAUGAUGGGCUCCCACGAGAAGAGCGCUUCUUCUCUUCCAGAAGAGCUCACCGGAUCAGAGACUGUGGAAAUAUCCCAUGCUUCUGGAAACUUAGAUCCAAGAAACUUAACGACCCCUCCCCGCCCCCUCCUCGUGCCCUUCUCCCCCACGGUUAGAUUUUCUCCAGGCCUGUCCACACUCUCUGCCUGUGGUCCUUGCCCCGCCCUAGCCUCUUCCUAACCCUGUGCCACAUGAGGGGGUGGCCCCGGGAGAGGCACAAGCGGGGGGCCCCCCUUCCUUCCAUGUAUCCAGCGCUCCCCACUGAUUUUUAAUUACCAGGGUUGCGGGAGCUACUGAUCUCCUUGGUUAUUUGUUUUCAGGCCAUUUCUUGGUGGUGCCUUCUGACCUGACCUUCUCCCUGCCUGAGACCCGUGGGCCCAGCCCUCCUGCAGACACACACAUGUUGAGAUGCGCUGCUCUGCGCAGUCACGCCUGUUUCUGAGCAGCCCGCUUUCCACGCUGAGACCGUGGGUCACGGGCCCUGCUCUCCCUUUAUCCUCUGUGUUUCAUUAGGCAUUCAUCCAGCCAACCAGGGGGUCCUCUCCAUCGGGGCUCUGGAACAAGUGGGCCCCGCAGACUCGGGGGCACUUCUGGUCUUUGCAGCCUCUGAGCCUCCUGCCCAGCGCGCCCCGCCGGCCUGCGUGUUUCCCCCAGGGCUCGUCCGUUUCCCCAGGCUGCCCUGUGGCGGGUGGGGGGGUCAGUGGUUCGAGGUUCAGAGCUCGUCAAGGCUGAGGAGGAAGAACUGUCAGGAAACUCUGGUCUUCCUGGAGGACCGGGGCGAGGGUGGGAGUCCGGGGCAGGAGAGCAGGCAGCGGACUAGAGACCUCAGGGACUUGCCCCCUUUCCUCACACACCUCAGCUGCAGCUCUCUGUUCCUCUCCUCCAACUGCGUUUUACUUUUUGCUGCCUCCCACAUUCCCUUCCCUUUUUUUACCCCUACAAAAGCCCAAGAUUGAGCUCAGGCCAAACCUUCUCAGUAGAAAGGUAGCCUUGGGCACAAGUGGCCCGAGCCCCGGACGUGGCGGUGCUUGAGGGUUUGCUCCAGCCAGCCUGGCCUCCGCUGCUCGUUGUCUCUGCUUUCCCUCUCCUGGCGCAGUGGGUGCUCUGGCCCGUUCAGGGGGCUCCCUCGCCCACGUGAGUCACCUGCAGGCCUUAAUCUUUCAUUGCUGGGCAUGGCGUGGGGUGUUCCUGGCCGGCUCCUCCUCACACCUCCCGUCACUCAGAGUAGCUGCUGCUGGCUCUGCAGAUGUGGCCCCCAGAGUGGGACUGGAGGAUAUAGCUGAGAGAGGCUAAAGUCAGGGACAGUUAGCUGCGGUUCACGUUCUCUCUUUUUUUUGAGCGCCAAAGACCCAGCUUGGAUUCUGCUGCUGCAUUCAUGGUUAUAAGCUUUCCAUGCCUCCAUUCUGGGGACUUUAUCUCUGCAUGUAUAUUUUUAAACAUUGUUUCCUUGGUACUGGGCAUGUGCCUGUCUGAGCCCCAGGCCCAUCUGUCCACACCCCACCAUCCAUUCUGUUUGUCUCUUCCUGGACAUCUCCUGAGGUGGUCUCCUUGGUUCCUAGAACCAGGGCCCAACCGCUCUUCUCUUCUGCCAGGCAGUGUAGUUUAAAAAUGGCUAACGAUGGCAGAGGGCAGGAGCGUGAUAGAUAAUCUUUUCCUUGUUUUCUUGUUUCUGUUUUGGAAAUGAAAGGGGGGUUUAAAUGGUCAUUUGAAUUCUCUUUUCCAAAUAAAGGUUUAUCUUUUCCUCCCAA